CGUUUUGCAGAAGGAAACGAAACUUCUGCAGCUUGGUUUUGCAUGGUUCUCUGGUUGGCAGCACGUACUGCGUGUCUUUAAUGUGGCCUGGGAACUUUUAUUACACUCCUGCGCACGCUCCGCGUCGGGCGACGAGACCGCUGCACUGGCAGCGCGCUACCGUGUGAUGCGCGCGCCCGGACGAACCUGCCGCGAGAGACCGGGCUUGUAUUGUUAAACCGAGGAGGAGCCGCCGAGUCCCGCACGUGAGUCUUCGUGCUGAGACAGAGCAAAGCAAGUCAUCCAGAGAUGCACUGUUGCCUAAUCGUGGUAAUCCAGUGACAGUCCGCUUUAGCUCCCACUCAGCAAAGCAGCAGCGGACACGUCCAACCCCGAGAUGACGGAGGCUCUCCUUCCGUUCUAACGCACAUCUGAGCCAAUCCCCCGAGACCCGGAGUAGACAGCACUUGCCUCUGCUACCAUGCGUUGGACGUGUCCCAGGACUAUGGGCGUGGCGUGGAUGCUGACCUCGGCGUUGAGCGCCUGCGUGGCUAUCAACGUGGAGUCGGCCGGCAGUCACAGCGCAUUCACCUGUGAGCCCGUCACCCUGAGGAUGUGCCAUGGUCUCGCCUACAACACCACGUUCAUGCCCAACCUGCUUAACCACUACGACCAGCAGACGGCAGCUUUGGCUAUGGAGCCCUUCCACCCCAUGGUGAACUUGGAGUGCUCGUCUGACCUGCGGCCCUUCCUCUGCGCCCUGUACGCGCCCGUCUGCACCGAGUACGGCCGCGUGACACUUCCCUGUCGACGCUUGUGCCAGCGUGCCAGGAGCGACUGCUACAAGCUCAUGGACAUCUUUGGCGUCAGCUGGCCCGAGGAGAUGACCUGUAGCAGGUUUCCGGACUGCGACGAAACCUACCCCCGAGCAGUGGACCUUCUCCCGAACGCCGGCGGCACGGGCAGACCUCCGCCGUCCGUGCAGAGGGACUACGGCUUCUGGUGCCCCCGCGAGCUGAAGAUGGACCCCGAGCUGGGCUACUCCUUCCUGGGCGUGCGCGACUGCUCACCCCCCUGCCCCAACAUGUACUUCAGCCGCCACGAGCUGGCCUUGGCACGCUACAUCAUCGGCGGGGUCUCCAUCAUCUGCCUCGCUGCCACCCUCUUCACCUUCCUCACCUUCCUCAUCGACGUGGGCCGCUUCCGUUACCCGGAGCGGCCCAUCGUCUUCUACGCCGUCUGCUACAUGAUGGUGGCGUUGGUGUUCUUCCUGGGCUUCCUGUUGGGCGAGCGGGUGGCGUGUAACGCCGCGGCCCCGGGCAGCUUCCGUGCCGCCACCGUCACGCAGGGCUCGCACAACAAGGCCUGCACGUUGCUCUUCAUGACGCUCUACUUCUUCACCAUGGCGGGCGGCGCCUGGUGGGUGGUCCUCACCGUCACCUGGUUCCUGGCUGCCGUGGCCAAGUGGGGCAGCGAGGCCAUCGAGAAGAAGGCGCUGCUGUUCCACGCGGCGGCCUGGGGCGUGCCCGGGGCACUCACCGUGGCGCUGCUCGCCCUUAACAAGGUGGAGGGCGACGGCGUGAGCGGCGUGUGCUUCGCCGGCGUCCACGACGUGGCGGCCCUGCGCUGGUUCCUGCUGGCGCCGCUGGCGCUGGCCGUGGGAGUGGGCGUAGCGCUGCUGCUGGCCGGCAUAGCCGCACUCAACCGCGUGCGCAUGGAGAUCCCGCUGGAGAAGGAGAACCAGGACAAGCUGGUGAAGUUCAUGAUCCGGAUCGGCGUCUUCUCUGUGCUCUACCUGGUGCCCCUGCUCACAGUCAUCGGCUGCUACCUGUACGAGCAGAGCUACCGGCCCGUGUGGGAGCUCACCUGGGUGCAGGACUGGUGCCAGCAGUACCACAUCCCCUGCCCAUUCCAGGUGGAGCGGCUCAGCAGGCCCAGUCUGGCGCUCUUCGUCCUGAAGUACCUGAUGAUGCUGGUGGUGGGCGUCCCCUCCGUCUUCUGGGUGGGCAGCAAGAAGACCUGCUUCGAGUGGGCCAGUUUCUUCCACGGCCACCGCAGAAAAGACGGCACGAUGCAUGAGAGCCGGCAGGUGCUACAGGAACCCGACUUCACCCAGCUCCUUCUGCGCGAGCCCGGGGUGCCGGUGGUGCGCAAAUCAUGCGGCACCUCCACGCAGGGCACCUCCACCCACGCUUCCUCCACCCACCUGGCCAUGCUGGAUGAGCCGGCCAGCGGCAGCACUAGCCGGGCGGGAAGCGUUCGCAGCAAGCCCGCCAGUUUCCACGGCAGCCUGCAGCGCUCACGCGACGGCAGGUACACAGCCUGUAGUUUCCGUGGCGCCGAGGACCACCUUCAUGAGCCGCCCCAGCACGGCACCUCCCACCGUCUGGAUAACCAAUCACCGCACGGCAGCUCGCAGCGCCUGGACAGCCAAUCGGGGCAUGGCAGCAUGCGGGACCUCAGCAGCAAGCCUCAGGCUGCGCACUGCGUCCCCGGCAACGGUGUCCACCGAGUCAUAGAGGAGGGCGGAGCCAUGGCCUAGGCUUUACGAGUCUCUGAAGAGAACGCAUACUGAGCAUGUGCACAUGAGCCACCAGGGAAGAAAUGGAAGUUACGGACCUUAAAACGAAACUUAACGUCUAUCAGAACUUUAAGGCCUAAUCCACCUCAGGACGAAGGCACAGUGAGGAAGACUACAUGGAUACAGGGUUGAGCUGAAGUCUAGCAGACAUGUCGAGUCUUUACAUUCCCACCCUGUGACCUUCUGAUCACAGGACUCCAGCAUCCACAGGGUAACCUGCCUUUUUAACGCUGUUCUGAAGCACUUGCUGCUUAAUGCUCAGGCCCAGAUUUUACCUGCAUCUGGCGUGUUUUUUUUUUUUUUUGAAGGACAUUUACAGGUUAACAGGUUCCAUUCCGCUGUUUCCAUGGCACCUUCAUCUCCUCUCCUCCAGUUUCCCUACAACAGGAGUAGCUGUGGGUGGUGCUGGAUGCCUGCUUUAACCCAGAACUCGAUACCACCUCCAACCUCAAAUGCUUGUAACCGCUGUUCCAAAUGUAGGAUAUUUUUUUUUGUUUGUUGUUUUUUUUGUUUUUUUUUCCUUUCAUAAUUGAGUAACUGGAUAGUUUUAAAAAGUCUUCAAAUUUGUAUUUUUUUCAUUCAUGGUCCAGCACUAACUUAAAGUAGUUAUGUUAGUUGUGUUCAUUUUUUGUAAAUUGUGAAAUUUGUAACAAAGACCUUUUGUACACAUCUGGAAA